ACAGUAUGGUGGUGUAGGCUAAAACCUGACUGAACGAAAUAAAUCCGUUCAUAAAUAAUGCGCAUGUUCGUAAUGCAGAUACAAUGGGAAAUUUUGAGUGGCCCUGGCAGUAUAAUUUUCCUCCAUUUUUCACACUUCAGCCUAACCUUGAAACAAGGAAGAAGCAAGUAGAUGGUUGGUGUGACUUGGUUUUAUUAUUUGCACAACAUCAUAAACUCUAUCAACUAGAUGUGAAAGAGUCUUCAUCCAAUCCUCCGUUUUCAAAUCCGCAAAUAAAUAGGAAAUUGCCUUUAGAGGGAGUCUACACUGUUCUAGAAGAGCUAAGGACAAGAGGAAAUAUAGAAUGGACAGAUAAAGGCAAGUCGAGAUGUUUGGUGAUGUGGAGAACACCAGCAGAAUGGGGUAACCUUAUGUAUACAUGGGCUUUGAAAAAUGGGCUCUUGAAUACAGUGUGUACGCUUUUUGAAAUUACACAAGGCGAUGAUUCCAAAUCUGAAGAUUUUCAUGGGAUUGAAGACUGGCUAUUAAAACGUUCGUUAGAAUUGCUCCAAAAAGAUCGCAAAGCAGAGCUUAUUUCUUUUGAUGGCAAUGAGGGUGUAAAAUUUUUUUGAGGCAAAUUAAUUGAUACAUGUGUAAUUCUAACAACACAUUCUUAACUGCAUUCUUGAUACACCAUGUGAUAUGUGCAUGUGCAAUAUUAUGGUGUUUAGUAAAUCACAUGCAGUAAAACCUCUUAAGUAUAAAGGGAUUUAGAAUAUAUGUCACCUUAAUAUUGGUGUUCCCAUAAUAGGGGUUUGCCUUAUUUUUAAAAGAUAUUUUCCAUGAAUCGUGCCAAAAAUUGUUCCCAUAAAUCUAGUGGUGUUGAUAAUAGCUUAAUAGCUCAAGGUUAAUUUUAACAAGAGGUGCUAUAUAAAUCAAGAAUUAUCAUUAUUAAUUAUAUUAGUGUUGUUUUUGAUGUAAUGAAAAGGAAUUUGUACAUACUCAUUUGUUAAGGCAAAAAUACACAGACCCUUAGAAAAUUAUACCUGCCAACAUUUUAGAAAUAUUAAGCUCUACUGUUGUAUGAAACAUUGAAAAAUGAUCUACAAUGUGUUCAGUUUAUGGGACUGCAGAACCAGCAAAAACAGAAUAUUUCAGCUUAAAUUUUUCAAAACCAUCUAUUUUGAAUAGAAACUGAUCAGUUGAAAGUAGUUUAUACUGUCAAGGUGUUAAAAUUAUUAAAUAAAAUGGCUUCAACACAUGCUGGCAUAUUGGUAAUUACUAAUUUCCUGAUGCCUAUUUUUCUGUUGCAUUUCUGUCUUCUUCAGGGCCAUGUACCGGUACCAUAGAUUUUUUUCUCCAGUGCUAGACAUUUCUGGCCCAUAUCCAGAUGCUGGUUGCCAAACUGGAUAGUACCAGAGUGGACAGGGGAUAAAAAUCCCUAUUAUUUACAUACAGGCAAUUAUAGUGUUAUACUUAAUAUACUCUUUUAAUUAGUUUUAAUUUUUAUGUACUAGAGAGUGUGCUCACUUCCCUCGUUUACCCUCUAGUAUGUUAAAUAUCGUGAUUAGUUUUGAUAAAAUAGAACAUUUAUUUAUGACCACUAAAAGAAGAUUGUGCCUAAUUACAGAUGGAAAUACACAAAAAUUCUACGGAAAUUUAUCACUGGGCCUAGACUCCAACGUUCAGAACUGCAUUUCUCAAAGACAACUCAUAGAUAAGUGUGGUGGUAAACGUUAUGCAUACACUGUGUUCAUGCUUAACUUUAAUAGUCAUAUUUGUGUUGAUGGUAAGUAGGGUAUAUGUUUAGGUAGGAUAAAUGAAGUAAGGCAAUUAGUUUAUUUCUUACUAAAUUGUUGUACAUUUCUUUAAGAUAUGAUAUAUUUGUGACAUAUUGAAAAUAUUCCUGUAGAUUGAAAUAGGACGUUUCUACAUAGACACUUUAUUUUAAAACGCUGCAACUUUUAUAUAUUUAUAUACUCUAAGAGGUCAUAAGGUCUGCCUUGCUGUCACAAAGGGUGUGUUUCUACUGAAUAUCGAGGAAGAAACGGUUCUCUUAUGGCUCGUUGAUUAUCGGAUUAACAAGAGAAGAACCUAGUCAACCAAAGUUGACAUUAUGUCAGAUUAGGCCACUAUUUAGGUUGCAGCUAAAAACUAACCCACGAAAAAUGUUUUUUUUUUGUUCAAAGAACAGUUCUUUAGCAUUCCCGGCAUGGUAUUGAUUCCGUGGAAAGAACCAUUAUUUGGAACCCAAAAAAGAACUGUUCUUUUUUUGUUUUAUUAGUUUCCACUGCCACAAAGAACCGUUCUUUUAAGAACGGUUCUUUCUUGUCAGUAGAAACAGGCCCACAGGGAUGAAUUAGGAGAAACUGAAAGACAGAACCACAUUGAAAAGGGAUCCGUUAUCAACAGCUUAUUUUUUAUACAUGGCCUUUGGUUGGGUGAUUUUUUAUGUAGGGAGGGAACGAUCACCAACUUAUUUUUUUCACAUGGCCUUAUAGUCAAACCACAGGAACACUGUAAGCAAUGCCUCGUGUUCAAAACAGCUGAAAAUCUACAGUAAAGUCAUAAUUUUUCUCUCAGUUAAGCUAAAUAUGGAAUUAUGUCACUUUGUGAGGUGAAGACUUUUAUGAUCUAUGCUGUUACAGUUUUGCAGAUCUAUAGGUUUCAAAUACUAGACGUUAUCUGACGUAAUUGGUUAUACACUGUGAUUUUAGACUUUAAAAUAAGCCUAAACAUAAUGUAGAUUCUGGUGAUGUUUUCAUCAUGAGAUUUAAGAGCGGUUGUCUGUAAUUAUUGACCAAUGUCUGAAAAAGGUGGCCAAACUCAAAAAAUAGAUUUUCUUCAUGUUUUGGUUAUUGAUUACACUUUGGAUGAAUAUAAAAGAAACCUGAGAUUUAUUUAUUUAUUUUUUUUAUUUAUUUAUUAAAAAAAAUUUUUUUUUUACCAUGGUAAAAAGCAUAUGUUGUUUCCCCCCCCCCCCAAAAAGAGCUAAUUUUAACAAUUUUUUACCUAAAACUUGACCUGACAUUUAGAAGAAGUAAAGUAGAAUUUGUAGAAUUGUUUUAUGCCAUAUGUUUGAAUAAAGGGUGUUCUGCUGUGAAACAAAAA